AUGGCGGAACCCUUGUACGCCAAGUCGAAGUUUCUAUCAAAAGGACCCCUGGAUCCUGAAGAAGCGAGGUGGGCAAAACUAGUCAAGACGACCUAUCGCGACCCCAAUGGCAUUGAAAGGACCUGGGAAUCGGCGGAACGCCUGACUCGGCCCGCAAAUUGUGAGAUAGAUGGCGUCGGAAUUGUGACCAUCCUGAACAAGUCCAGCGGCCCGGAGCUCCUCCUUCAGAAGCAGUACAGACCCCCGAUCGACAAGGUGGUCAUCGAAGUGCCAGCCGGCCUCAUCGAUCCUAACGAGACAGUCGAGGACUGUGCUGUGCGUGAACUCAAGGAAGAAACAGGCUACGUAGGCGUAGCUGACAAGACAAGCACUGUCAUGUAUAACGACCCAGGGUUCUGUAACACAAACCUUAACAUGGUCCAUGUCCGCGUGGACAUGUCUUUGCCUGAAAAUCAGAACCCCAAGCCACAACUCGAGGACAAUGAGUUCAUCGAGUGCUUCACUCUCCCAUUAUCUUCCUUGUUCGAUGAGUUGAAAAGGCUGGAAGCCGAGGGGUUUGCUAUCGAUGCUCGAAUCGGGACGAUAGCGGAGGGUAUUGAGCUGGCGAAGACGCUGAAGCUUUGA